CGGCCACUGGAGAGGAGCUGGGGGAGGACGGUGGCCCGCGAGGCUCGAGCAGACAACGCGGCGGCGAUGUCCGCGAGCCAGGCGAGCGCCGCGGCGGUAGCGGCGGGGCCUCGCGCGUGGCUGGGCGGCCUGGGCUGCGGCCUCCCCGCGGGUCCCUGGAAGCGGGCGCGCGGAGGGCGCGGGAGCAGUGGCGGAGGCCCCGGCGCGUCCUUCUGCCCCGCAGCCUGAGCCCGGGCGGCUGGAGGGCUUCGGCUGCCCGAGGAUGGGAAUUCUCUUUACCCGGAUCUGGAGGCUGUUCAAUCACCAGGAGCACAAAGUUAUCAUUGUUGGGCUGGAUAAUGCGGGAAAAACCACCAUCCUUUACCAGUUUUCCAUGAAUGAAGUUGUACAUACAUCCCCCACAAUAGGAAGUAAUGUGGAAGAGAUCGUGGUUAAUAAUACCCGUUUCCUGAUGUGGGAUAUUGGUGGUCAAGAAUCUCUUCGUUCUUCCUGGAACACUUACUAUACUAACACUGAGUUUGUGAUCGUUGUCGUGGACAGCACAGACAGAGAGAGGAUCUCUGUGACUCGAGAAGAGCUCUACAGAAUGCUAGCCCACGAGGUAAGUCUGCUGCGGUGGGGGGGGGGAGGGCCUUCGUAUUACAUUUGA